AGAGAGAUAGACAGACAAUGUAAGAAUGAAAGAGAAUGAAUUGAAAAGAGAGGGACGAUUUGCUAUCGCAUUAAAUUAUCUUGACAUCCGAGUAUCUACACCCUGCAAACCGCUAUUGAUCCAACAGUGUAGGCGUGUAGUCCUCUCUGGUGGUACAGGGUGCACUACUCUGUUAGGUGUGAAUGGGGUGAACGGGGAGUAAGAGAGAGAGAGAGAGAGAGAGAGAGAGAGAGAGAGAGAGAGAGAGAGACAGAAAGAUAAAUCUUCAUUUACUCUCAUGGUAUACACGACGCAUAUAUAAGCUUAUCCAACUUGAACGACUUGUUCUUCUUACGGGUCACGGCCAUUCGAGGAUUCGAACGACAGUAGGGCAGAGGAUGACGCGUCUUGUGAUUUUCCUGUUAUUACUAUCGUGUACCUUUGUCAACGCUCGUAAGUAUUUGAACGUGUCAGGUGACAUCCUACUCGGUGCCCUUUUCCCGAUUCAUGGAAAGGGUGCUUCCGGUGAAAAUUGUGGAAGAAUUAAGCUCGAAGAUGGAAUUCAACCAUUGGAAGCGAUGCUUUAUACGCUUCAACAAAUCAAUCAAGAUCCUAAAAUUCUACCGGGUGUUCGUCUUGGUGCAUUGGCCUUUGAUAGUUGCGACAAUCCAAGUUACGCUUUGGAACAAGCAUUGAAUUUCGUCAAAGGUUUCAUCGCCCACUCGAAUGAAUUUCACGUUCAGGAAUACGAGUGCAGAGAUAAGAGCGUACCAAAGUUCUCUAAAGGUGGAUUUGACAAAAUUGUAGCUGUCCUUGCGGACCAGUCGAGUUCUGUCACCAUACAGGUAGCAUCCAUGUUGAAGUUAUUCUCAGUACCACAAAUAUCCUAUAUGGCUACCUCACCGGCGCUCAGCAAUAAAAAAAUGUAUCCUCAUUUUUUCCGUACGAUACCAAGCGAUUUGAAUCAAGCUCAUGCGAUGUUGGAAAUUCUCAAGCAAUUCGAAUGGACGUACGUUUCGAUUGUUUAUUCGGAUACGGAAUAUGGAAAUCAUGGUUACGAAACAUUGACGUCCUUGGCAAGUUCAUAUUCCGUAUGCUUUAGCGCACCUCAAAGGAUUAACAAGGAACAUUUUAAUAAUGACGAUUACGAUACUGUUAUUAGUACGAUCGUCAAUAAAACUGACGUACGAGUUGUGAUUCUAUUCGCGGAAAAAUCAACGACACUUCGCGUGUUAGAUGCUGCGAAACGUUUGAACGUAGGUACGAGAUUCCUUUGGAUAGGAACAGAUUCUUGGUCGAGUUCUAAUCAUCGUGAUUUCGCUGAUCUCGACUCAAGUCGUAAGGGUCAAGAGAUGGCAGUUUUGGAGGGUGCACUUGUGGUACAACCACUUUCACGACAAUUGUCCGGCUUCGAUGAUUAUUUCACCAAUUUGAGAUUGGAACAUGAGAAAAUAAAUCCUUGGUUUCGUGAAUUUUGGCAGGAAUAUCAUCGUUGUGGAAUCAAUGAUACCGAGAGCACAAACAUCACCAACCUUUACGACGAUCCAUGUCUCGAGGACGAUAACUCGAUCCUAAAUAUCUCGAUGGGUUACAAGCAACAAAAGUUUUUACAUUUCGUUAGAGAUGCCAUAUAUUCAAUGGCCCAUGCACUUCAUGACAUGCAAAAAGAAAAAUGUGGUGUCGGAUAUUAUGGUAUUUGUCCUGACAUGAAACACAUCGAUGGGAUCGAUCUGACGAAAUAUUUACAGAACGUUACCUUCAAAGAUGACGCAGGAAAUAAAUUCAGAUUCGUUGAUAUCGCCGAUGGACCGCCUAGAUAUUCAAUUUUGAACUAUCAACGUAACAAAGAUGGUGGAUAUCGUUGGAUAGUAAUUGGCAAUUAUACAGAAAACGAGAACGGUAAGCCAGUAUUGUACAUAGAAACGACCGCUAUGAAAUAUCGAAAUCAAAUGGAAGGUGGUAGAAAAUAUUUUCCAAAUUCGACCUGUUCUCGUCCAUGCGAAUCAAAUCAGGUUAUUGUUCGUGAGGAACAAGAUCUAUGUUGUUGGAGAUGUCGUAAAUGUGGACUUUAUCAAUAUAAAGUGGACGAUCAGAGAUGCGAGGAUUGUUCAUUGGGUACAAGACCAACGAAGGAUUCUAAGAGUUGUGCUUCGAUACCAGAAGAUUAUAUCGAUUAUUAUAGUCCAUGGGCGAUCGUGGCUAUGGUGGUCGCUGUUAUCGGUAUAAUAUUAACUAUCUACGUAUGGUUCGUCUUUCGAAUUUAUGCCGAGACUCCGGUGAUAAAGGCGUCUGGUCGUGAAUUAUCAUCCCUUUUAUUAUUAAGCAUUUUAGCAUCAUUUCUAAUGACAUUUGUGAUCGUCGCCGAACCAAUUACCGAAACAUGCGCCAUCACCAGAUUUGGAAUUGGUUUUUGUUAUACAUUGUGUUAUAGCGCAUUAGUAACCAAAAUGAAUAGAAUACAUAGGAUAUUUAAUAAUAUUUCUCAUAGUCCACGUAACACGAGAUAUACCAGUCCUAAAUCACAAUUGCUUAUAACGGGAAUAUUGAUACUAUUAGAGAUAAUUGUCAAUGUAACGUUGCUCGUGAUGAUACCACCUAGGGUAAAAUACAUUUAUCCAACGAGAGAUACUAAAUUAAAAAUUUGUCAAGGUCUCAAUGAUAGAUCUUACAUGACCAGCCUGAUCUAUCCGUUCGUUCUCAUAGUUAUAUGCACCAUAUAUGCGAUCAAGACGAGAAAAUGUCCGGAGGGUUUCAACGAGACCAAACACAUUGCCUUCACGAAUUAUACGACCAUUAUACUUUGGCUGGCAUUUGUACCGCUUUAUCUCGUUUCUAAUAGCAAUGCCAUAAGGGUCGUGACAUUGGCAUUGUCCUUGUCAUUUAGCGGUUUGGUACAACUUGCCUGUCUCUUCUUUCCAAAGAUCUAUAUCGUAUUGAUUAAACCGGAGAAGAAUACGAAGGAAGUGGUAAUGGCACAGCAUAGAAGUUCAUCUUACUUACCGACCUCUGCAACACCUGUCGUAGCAUUAAACGGUAAUCCAUUUAUUUUUCAUACGACUGAACAAAAACUCUAAGAAUUUUUUUCAAAAUCUCUUUAUACAUACA